AAAGUAUUAGCCACUUGUGGUUUAACCAAUAGACCCAAUUAAUUAAGCAAGAAAGAUAUAGGAAAUAUGGUAAUGAAGCCUGCAUGGUUAGAAGGACUAAUGGGAGAGAGCUUCUUUGGGAUAUGUGGAAUUCAUGAGCACAAAAGGAAAAAUGAAAAGAACAUAUUUUGCUUAGAUUGUUGUCAAAGCUUUUGCCCUCAUUGCCUUCCUUCUCAUCACUCUCAUCCCAUUCUUCAGGUGAGAAGAUAUGUUUAUCAGGAUGUUGUUAGAUUAGACGAUCUCGAAAAGCUCAUUGACUGCUCCUUUGUUCAGUCAUAUACAAUAAACAGUGCAAAGGUGAUAUUCUUGAACCAAAGGGCACAAACAAGGUCAUGCAAGGGCCCUGCCAAUUCAUGUUUGACCUGUGACAGGAUCCUACAAGAGCCAUUUCACUUUUGUUCACUAUCUUGCAAGGUUGAUCACAUGGUGCAUCAAGGAGAAGAUUUGUCUAGUGUUUUGUGUAGGUUUGAUGUGACCGAUUUUUCCUUCUCCCAAUUUGAAGGACUUCAAAUGUAUGGUUCUGAGUUUGUUGAUGAGGAUACCCCAAACUACAUCCUUGAGGACUCCUUGCAGUUCAAAGACUCGUCGGGCUCUGAUGAUUACUCUGGCAUUUCAAGGAUUUCGUAUAAACCAGAGAUCGAGACAAAGAAGAAGAAGAAAAACAAAGACUACCUUCCUAAAUUCUUUUCUUUUAGUAACAGAAGAAAGGGAGCUCCCCAAAGAUCACCACUUUCCUAAGUCGAUUAAUGUGUUUUAUAACUAUGAAUUGUACUACUACUACUACUUGAUGUGUUAUUAGUGUCAUGUAAUAAGUUUAAUGUCUAUGAUUAUUGUCUAUUUGCGGAAA